AUGCAAACCUUUGUUCCCGAAUUCUCAUCAAGUUCUGUUACUUCCACUAAGCCAGCUGUUCUUAAUCGUCGCGAAGACGGCACUCGAAGGAAGAGCCAACGAUCAUCAUCAUGGUCGGCUUGGGUACCCCCUCCGUUACUUCGCCACCCUAGUGAUAAGGUUUCUCCGACCAGAUCCAGCAGUCUAGGGCGACAAACCAACCCAAACAUUGUGUCCUCAUCCGAGCAAAAGGAGCCAGAGGAGAAAAGGGGAAGUUUUCGAAAAUGGAGAAAGCGAAAGGACAAGAAAUCCGUCACGUUUGAGGAUGACAUUGGAGUGGACCUUGACGAGGAUUUGGGUAGCGCCUCGGGAACAGUAAGAAGGCAGAAAGUGUCUAAACGAGGACCGGUGUCCGGUAUCUUUCCUCAACAAGCACAAAACGAGGAACACAAAUGUGAUCCAGAUUCAGUGAGCCGGUUUGACUUUGCCAACCGUCCUGCGCCGCCCCCUGGAAGUUGGAACGAGCCACCUACUCCUGGCCAAGAGGCUGCGAACCGUGAAUAUUGGUCUAGUCUACGACGUCGGCUGGAAGAAAACGCGCAAUAUCGAGAGGAACAACAUGUUACCAAAAGCGGCAGAAAGGAGCAAGGUAACAGCAGCCAUCAACGUACUGUCAGCCGUGACGAUCAGUUAACUGCUCGCGGAGCUAAUCCUAGAACUGGUGUUGUAAGUCCCAGUAUUAUGAGCGUUGGGAGCCAUUCGAGCUCCCAUGACUCCCAGGAGGAUAAUGCUACUCCGAAAUGGCGCCUGAAGGGCAACGGGUGGAUAAGCUUGGACCCCAAUGAGAAAACUCCGUUUCCUUCGCCGCCAGCAAAUGAAAUUGCCCAGCCCAAGUUUCCCAAUUUGCAGGGACACAAAGUCGAGCCUCCUGCUUUACAUUCUCCUCUAAGAAAAUCGAACAUUCAUCCGACCAAGUUUGAAGACAAGGUUGGUGUCAAUACCACCUCCUCCAAAGAGCCCUCAUCAUUGGAGAUGACCACGCAACAAAUUGUGGACUUCCAGAAGGCUAUUGAGCGUGUCCACCGUGAAGGCGGUCAAAUGCUUGAUCCGGACACCAUUCCAACUCCCAGAUCUGUCACUCCUACAGGUCUUAGCACUCCUCCAAGGCGAUUAUCAAGAAACAUUCGAGAGAAGCUUCUAGGACGAAAAAGAGGUGCCGCAUCUUUUCCACCAGCCUCUUUUAGCAAACGACGCCUAGAACAGGAUAAAGACAACGAUAUAGCGCGUGAAUCAAAUCACCUAGACUCUAACAUCAAGGUUACACUAAGCAAUGACCUCCUAGGACCUGCCGUUCUAGGGCCUCGAAACAAAUUUAGUGAAAGCGAAGUGGUGAAUAACGAAGUCCAAGCCAUUUCAUCUCCACGACACACGCAUGGUUUAAACCAAGAUCCUUUUUUAGACCAAGGAGGGGUAUUGGGCCAGGAUCGAAGUCAGGUAUCAUGGUUCCAGACAGAGAUCUGUCCCCACUGCCCCUCAUCUCCCUGGAUGAUCGCAUACGAGUUCCCAGUCAAGAAGUUCAGAGCCUACCAAGUAACCCCACCAAAUCUCAGUACAGACGAGGGAGGAAUCACAGGGAAGGCCCCUCCGGCAUAUACCCUAACAAAGGCAGAGAUUCUACACGGCCGCCAACUUUUAGGUGCCCUCCUGAGAAAGGUUUGGAAACACACCACAAAAGAAGAUAUGUUAACCCGAGAUCAAGAGAUAUCGGAAUUUCUGAGUUGCAGCACGCAUCUCAAAUUACCAGAACAAGGGAAGCAGUCGUCCACAAUCAUUACCACUAUGAUACCCACGUCCACAACCACAAGUACUACAUCCACCAAUUCCCCCCUAGCAAUCGGUCCCCUCCCGUUAAGCCCCGGAGCCACGCACGAAAAGUUAUGUCCCAUUCACUCUGGGAUUUGUUGGAACCAGCAACAAUCCCCCCUUUUGUCCGAAGCUUUGAGAAAAGGCACCAGUGCCCUAAACGGAAGCGCAGAGGAAGAAGACAUCAACAACGUCCCAAGAAAUAUCCCUCUAAAUCUCGCACGAAAUAUGCAUGGGAGCAUCCCUAUCUCAGAAGCGCUAAGUGACCCUCACAGUGUACAACUCAUCAGGGAUUGUGGUUUUCAUGACCAGCGCGGGCGUUUGAAUACUGGAAUGAGAACUGACGACCCAAACAUACCUCCAAUUUCCACGAGCCUUGUUCUUUCCCCUAUACACCUAAAUGGGACUUGGCCAAGGGAUAGAACCUCUAGGUUCCAAAACGGAGAAAUUUCGAGCAAAAUGAUGGAACAGGGCUUUGAAAAUAUACGCAUUCUUAGCAAUCGAUGUAGUCAAUCUGAUGCAGGAGAGAUCGCGCCUCCAGAGACGAAGACUGGAUAUAAUGAGAGCGUAUUUUGCAAUCAGUUUGAGCCCACCCUCGACGCCGUCGCGUCUACAUUCCACUUUCUUUACUAUGUUGUUAGUGAUCACCAUACUAUCAAUUUUAUACGUCUAACAGCUGUACAGUUUCUCAACAUGGCUUUGCAUUGCCUCAAAACCACCAUGCGUGUUUGCAAUUGCUUUCAUGAAUUCUCAAAAACUGGCGUUUUCCCGGAGAUACCUCAAAGCGUUGAUGAUAUUGGCGUCCUGAUCAUAGAUUUUGGACGAGCAUUUGUUUAUUUUGCAAUAAUGGUGGUCGUGUUCACUAUUUUGGCCAGGGGAUUGGGCCUCUUGGCUACAGUCGCCUCAUGGCUGGCUUGGCCGAUAAGGGUUUGGGGUUUGCUGUGA